AUCGGACUCGCCACUUCCAUCACUACACAAACGAAACACUGCUUCUCGGAAAAGCCCUAAUUCUCAUUCAACUCCGAUUUCAAUUCAAUCGUUUGUUUCUCUACAGCGAGAUCGAGCUCGGAUUGAUCGAUAAUCGGAAGAAGAAACGCUCAGAGACGAUGGAAGAACCCGGGGUCGAGCGGGACGGCGGCGGCGGCGGCGGCCAGCAAUUGAUUCCGGAGGCGGCGACGGAGGCGCUGAGGAGAACCUCGAAGAACAUCGACGACCUGAGCGCUAACAUGGACCAGUUCCUGUCUCUCUGCGACGCGGAUGCUCUCUCCCGAUUGAACCCUCUCGACAGGGCCCACUGUCUGCUUUUGCUCUCUAAAGCCAUCACCACUGCCUAUGCAUUGAGGUUGAGAUGCAAAGGAGUGAAUCCAGAUGACCAUCAAGUAAAGUCGGAGAUUGAGAGGUUAAGCUUGUACCAAGUAAAAGUACAACGUUCUUUGGAUUUAAGUAAAGCACCACUGCGCCCAUCAGCCACAAUAAAUGCAAAUGCAGCAGCUCGUUUUAUUGAGCAUUCUCUGCCUGACCUCACACCAGAGCAGAGGCAGAGUAUGAGAGACAUCAGCAAAGGGGAGGGGGCGAGGAUGAAAUAUUUGGAACGAAAUAUCCAUAAGAAGAGAAAAUGUCAAUCGGGGGAAAAACAAUCUGUUCGAGCUGCCGCUCAGGAAUUUCUUGAGAAAGCCAGCCGUGAGCUUCUAGGUGACAAUAAAAGUGGAUUAAAGGGACCUUUGCAUCCACCUCAGGAUUCUGAUGAAGAUAUAGCUAUUGGAUGAUCCUCUGGAUAAUCCCACUUUUAUUGUUGUGUUUGCAAGCGGUGGCAUUGAACUGGGGUAUUGCCUCUCUCGGCUUCUCUUCUUUUUUUGAACACUCCAUAUAAUUAUUAGUACUCCGUAUUAUUUUUAGUUGUACUUUCCUCUCGAUGAAGCUGAUGACCGCCACCCCCACACCCAAAGUAGUAGCAUAGCAGGCUUUGUUUUUGUGGUUUUCUUUAAAUGGAAUGUGUAAAUGACAGAAACCUGCUACUGUGUACUGUAGUAUUAACGUAUUAGAUGGGGAAGUGUUUUUCUAAGUUUGCAGUGUAUUUUAAGACUUUUAAGCUCGAAUACUCUCAAGUGUAAGUGAAUUGUUUAAU